AUGACGUUAACUCGCCCUCACAGCCAGAAUAUCGCACUCAUAUUGCUAGUGCGUCGGCUACGCAAAAAACGGAAGCGGACCAUGUACAUACGAGAGCUUUUUGACAAGCGCCCUCAACUCGGCGACUACCACCAGCUGGUGCAGGAGCUCCGCCAAGUGGACCCUGAGUACCACUUUAAGUAUUUCAGAAUGACCAAGGCGAAGUUCGAUCACCUGUUGAGCUUAGUGUACGAGAGAAUACUGCAUGCGCCUAACCACAGGAGACCGAUACGCCCUGCGGAAAGGCUGGCAGUGACUUUAAGGUUUCUGGCAACAGGUGCCUCAAUGCAAGACAUCGCAAUGAGCUACUGUAUGCACGCUACAACGGUUGCUGGAAUUUUAAAAGAAACGCUACCAGCGAUAUGGGACUGCCUAUCGCCGCUCGUCCUGAAGCCCCCAGCAGGUGCUGAUUGGGACAAAAUUCGCCGGGCAUAUAGCUCAAAGUGGAAUUUUCCAAAUGUAGUCGGAAGCAUAGAUGGCAAGCACUUUGCAAUUCAGUGCCCUGAUAACAGCGGGUCAGAUUAUUUCAACUAUAAAGGCUUCUACUCCAUUGUUCUGCUUGCCGUGGCUGAUGCAGACUACCGGUUUACUCUUGUCGAAGUCGGGGCCCAAGGAAGGACUUCAGAUGGUGCUUUCUUUAAUGACAGCUCUAUUAGAGAAGUUUUUGAGCAUGGAAGUUUGGAGCUCCCUACAGCAGUCAAUGGGUGGCCAGUUUUCAUGGUAGGUGACGCAGCAUUUCCGUUGCGCACAUAUCUAAUGCGUCCGUACCCAGGAAGGCAGUUGGACGAAAGGAAAAGAAUUUUUAAUUAUCGUCUAUCAAGGGCGAGAAGGUGCGUGGAGAACGCAUUUGGAAUCCUCGUGUCGCGGUGGAGGGCUUUUCUAGGCACUGUCACGGGACAGCCUGAACUGCUCACUGACAUGGUGAAGGCAGCAGUGUGCUUGCACAACUUCUUGAUGGUUGAUUCGGCGUACUGUCCUGCAGGCUAUGGCGACACAGUGUGUGGCGAGGAAAUACAGGAUGGGUAUUGGAGGCAUGCCAUCACACCGGUUGGAGCGACUGCAGUGUCUAGCAGUAAUCGAUCUUCUCCUACAGCCAUGUCACUCAGAGAUGACAUUUCAAAUUACUUCUUGUCUGCAGCAGGCUCUGUGCCAUGGCAGGUUAAAGUGAUUAGGCGGAACUGA